CGCAAGUUCCGUCCGUCUGUCGGUAUUGGGAAUAACGCGAAACGAGUCGACUGAUAUUUAUCGCCGUAUUAUCUCGUGCGCUAAUAAAGUACAAUAAUUCAAUGAUAAUAUAUUUCUAAAUUCAUUUAUUCACUGAUAUCCUGUGAUACGUGCGGGGAGUUUUCUGUGAACUUGUAGAAAAAAAAUGUGUUUAGCAAAGUGAACGAUUCUGCUUGUUUUUUUUUGCGAUUGUCGGCGCCAGAAUGUCUGAUGAGCUCGAAGCUCGGAUGUGGGACGAUGGAGCCUCCCGGUACGAGUCCAGGGGCCGUGGUGGCCCCUACUUCGAGUCAGCUUUCGCCUCAUCAGAGCAUUUGGACAGAGCACCUUUGUUGUCUGAGGAAACGUACACGGACGUGCCGGUGGCGCCCUCUUCGGACGUGGAGCACUGUCACUGGCCGCCGCCUGCGCAGCCGCCCAGCGCAAUACCACAGCUGCUUAUAGCGCUAGUGUUAUGUGGGAUUUUUAUGGUUUGCGAGCUAAUCGGCGGGUACCUAGCAGGCAGUCUCUCAGUGAUGAGCGAUGCUGCUCACAUGCUCAGCGACUGUGGCGGGUUCGCGCUGGCACUGCUCGCCUUCCACUGCGCCAAACGACGGCCUGAUGUCCACAUGUCCUACGGGUACAAGCGCGCUGAGGUGCUAGGCGCGAUGCUGUCAGUGCUGCUAAUCUGGAUCCUGACGGGUAUCUUCGUGUACGUGGCGGUGGUGCGGCUGCACACGGGAGAGUACAACAUCGAGCCGGACAUGAUGAUGAUCGUGUCUGGCUGCGGGGUCGGCUUCAACGUCAUACUGGCGCUCGUUCUACAUGGAUGCGCCUCUGAUAUCGCCCACCACCACACGCACGGCGGCGCAGCGUGUUCGCAUGCGCACGCGCACUCGCACAACAACAACGGCGGCGGCUCGCGCGGCUGGCGCCUGUUCCGGCGAGCUCGCGACCACAAGCACGCCAACGGCGCGCUCGCCAACGGAGACUACAACAUGAAGGACCUCGCCGCUGUAGAAGCUAGUGUUGUGGGCUCACAGCCUAGGAAUAUAAAUCUCCGCGCGGCGCUGAUCCACGUGAUAGGAGAUCUCAUACAGAGCUGCGGAGUCUUGCUCGCCUCCAUACUUAUUAAGUUCUAUCCUGAAGCGAAGAUAGUGGAUCCGAUCUGUACAUUCGUGUUCAGCUUCCUGGUGCUACUGACGUCGGCGCAGGUCGUGCGGGAUGCACUCGCCAUGCUCAUGCAAGCUGUGCCCAAGAACUUCAGGUAUCGUGAAUGCGUAGCGUCGUUGUCGUCAGUGCCUGGCGUACGACACGUGCACUCGCUGCAUGUAUGGGCGCUGUCCACACACUACGUCGUACUGUCCGCACAUAUAGCUAUCGACGAGCUGACGGACAGCGAGGGGGUCCUGCGCGCGUGCCAGGCAGUAGCGCGCGUGGAGCACGGCGUGUCUCUGUGCACGCUGCAGGUGGAGCGGUACGACGCGCGCAUGCGCAGCUGCCCCGACUGCACGCUGCAGCCCGCGCACACGCCCUGACAUCUCUCCACGCUCGCCUAGCCAGGCAACGAGAACAUAAUAACGGAAGCCUCAGAAAACUAACGAUUGACGCUAAAUGAUUGAUCAAUCUAAGGGGCCAGCUGUCAAUCAGUCAGGCGAUUGAAUGAUUGAUUGAUUUGAACUGUGUUGAUAUUAUAAACUAAGUGAUUAAAACGAUUGAACAGUGCUGUGUUAUCUAUCGACAAGUUGAUUGAUAAAUGUUGCGAGUUUUGUAUUUUUCCAAACGUUAAAGGACCAAGUGUUAGUGACAUCAAUCGACAAUAUGAUUGAAAGAUUGAUUGAUUGAUAAAUUGUUGAAUUAGUUUAUUAGGAAGACUUUGAAAAUGUAUUGUAAUUUGUAAUGUCAGUGAUCUCAACAAGAUAAUUUCCAAAAUAAUAUUUAAACGAUUUUUCUAUCGCGUGUCAGCAAAGUGUUCAAUUAAAAUGGUAGGGCUGGCAACACUAAGCAUGUAUUUCAGUGUUACCCUACUCGCUGAGUGUGUUCGCCUAUGAAUUUGUAAAGAAAACAUUUUUGACAUUUGAAUAAUAAAAAAAACGCAUAAUAUAAUAAUUAAUAAUUGUUAUUUUUUGUAUUAAACGUUGAAUAAUAAAACGUAGACUUUGUAAAAUUAAAAGUAUUAGUAAAUUCGUGCCAAAAAUAAAAAAAAAAGACAAGUUACGUAAUCGUUGAACGGAUUGUAUUAAAUAUAAAAAAGAUAUUGCAUUAUAUUUAUUUAUUUAGCUUAAUUAUUAUUAUUUUAACUUUAAAAGCGUAUUUUAUAAGUUAUAAAGCGAAAUAAUCAAAAUCAAUUAUAAUUGUAUAAAAAUGUGUAUAAUAUAGAAAGAAAAUAGAUUUUUGUACAUAAAAUAUGAUUUAUUUUUUAAAAACGCUGUAGUGAAGCUAUUAGGGAUCUGUCAAAAGUUGCGUAAACCAUUCCAGACUAACUUUUACAAAAGAGUUGUUCCGUGUGGGAAUCGAACCCGCUAGAACCAACCGCCACCGUGCCAACCGUGCAUCAUCAUCAUUAAAUGUGUUAUUUUAGAGUUUAGACUAUAAUUUAUCCGGAGUUAUCGGGAUCGGAUAGUCCAACAGGUUCUCUCGCCUCACCCAAAGCGGGAGAAGUCAUUGGAUGAUUUUCCCUCCUAAAAAUACUAUAAUUUAACUAUGAAAAAUAAAAGGUAUACGCAACUUUUGGCAGUACAUAAAUUAUUUUGCAAUUGAUUCCAAAUAUACUGUAAUCUUAAUAUUUAUUUGUUUAAUUUAUGUCUGAAAUGAAAUUAUGAAGUUAUUUUGCAUGGGUAUACCAAGUUAGAAGUGACUUUUUAAGAAAUAUGAACGAAAUGUGCAAUUUGUGUUAUCGUUGUUACUGUAUUUUAUAUCUCUACAUACAAAAAUCUAUUGCUGUUCCUUAGUCUCACUAAACUCGAUAACGGCUGGACCGAUUUUCAUAAAGCUUGAUUAUUGUGAUUUUCUACUAUAAAAACUUGUAUGCAAAAUUAAGAGACGCAAUUAUA